UCUAUUCACUAUUUUGACAACACAAACCCUCACUAUUUGUGCUGUAAAGACUGUGAAAGCAACAUUGAAUUAGUUUUUUGGUUGUUAAUCUUAACUAUAAUUAUGUGAUACCUUAUUCUAUAUUUUUGUGUUUUUCGGUGUUUCCUUUUUUGAUUCUUCCUUUCCUCUACUUUACCUUUGAUAAAUAAUUUUAUCAUAGAUCAAUUUGAUCAUUUACCCCUUUUAUCCUAGUUCAACUUGAAAGUUUUGGAGUAAAUAAGCAAAAUUUAAAAGAUUCUUUAUUCAAAUUUAAUUUGAAUAAAUUAAAUAAUUUGGGAGGGCUUUGUUCUGUUAUUAAGGGAAGAGAUAAAUCAACAAAUUAAUUUGUAUAUGUGUAACCCUGCUCUCAGUCCUAUCCUCUAAUAUCAGUUAGAAGGAGAAUAAUAAGAAGUGGAAGUAACCAUGUCUACGUCAAUGCACUUUGUUUUAUAUCCUUUGCCUGCUAAUGAUGACCAAAUCAAUGAGAGGCUUAAGGAGAUGGCUGACAAAUAUAAUCGAGGUAUAACCUCGUCAAACUGUUGUCCACCAGUAUUUAAUCAAAUAAAAACCGUUCCUGUGGUUGAAUGUGUUGUAUCUCAAUCACACAUUGCUCUCUUGUUGGAGGAUGGUCGUAUUUGCAGAGUGAGUUACUCUCUCAUGUCAGAUAGGUUAGAUCUCUCUACAUCGGAGCCAUCUAAAGUCUCAACCAUAAAAGGGAAUAGUAGUUCAAGUGUUAACUCAUUAUCAUCAAAUCGCUUAAAUGCACGUCGAGGACGGCUUCUUAGAGCGUCAAGCACAGCGCGUGGACGAGGGUCUUCGAGUGUUAUCAUGGGUAGUAGACCUGUGGUUGCAGCUCAAUUUGUACCAGAAGACCUCAUAACUCAAGCCCAGGUGGUACUUCAAGGAAAAUCUCGUAAUCUUAUCAUAAGAGAGCUUCAAAGGACAAAUUUAGAUGUUAAUCUAGCUGUUAACAAUUUAUUAAGUCGCGAUGACGAGGAUGCUGAGGAUAUGGAUGAUAGUCAAGAUUCUUAUUUACCUAAUGAUGAUCUUAUGUCUCUUCUUGAUGCUGGUAUUCACAACGACCAUCCUGGUGUCAUUAUAGAUUCUGAUGCUGUAUUUCCAGAAGAGAUGUUCAGCUACUCAUCUGUUAGAGUUCGUCCCAGUGGAAAUAGAUUGGGUCGGGCUUCAUCUGGUGGUGAUAGGGAACGUGAUUCAUCAGCUCCUGAACGGGAACAUUUGAUUCGUUAUGGGUCAGACAGACAGUUUGUUUCAGCUGGAAGCAGUUCGAGUGGUCCACCUUCAUCUCAUCGAUGGUUAGAAUAUGCUCUAAGAGAUUCCGCUUCUGCAUCUGAGUCCAACAAAAACUCAUCAAACAAUGUGAUCAACGAAAAUGGGAACAAUCCAUCCAGGGAACGCAAUGAUAAUAACCCUCAAUUGAAUCCUUUUUUCAUCUCAGAUACUCUUGAAUUCUGGCCAGCCCCAGAGAAUCGUAAAUUUAUCCAAAUAAUCGGCCUCUAUUCAGAGUUAGCUGCAAUAAGCAACACUGGUCAAUUAUUCCAAUGGAAAUGGAGUGAACCUGAACCAUUCCGUGGUCAAACAAGUGAGGGUAUUACUGUGUAUCAUCCCAAAACAGUUAGCUUGGGUUUAUUGAAUGAAAAGAUCAGCCAAAUUUCUGGUGCCUGUAUCAGAGCUUCAGCUCUAACCGAUACAAUGAAACUUGCUACAUGGAUCGAUGAGAGUAUUGUACCUGUAGCCUCUAAAUUAGAACAUCCUGCUACCAACUUUUUUUCAGAUUUCCAGAUGGCCGAGAAGAUUUUAUCCCUUCACGUUUGUUCUCUUUAUUCUUGUGUUCGUCUUGAUAAUGGGACACUUUACUGGUGGGGUAUUGCACCUUUCUCGCAUCGCAAGAAAAUGUGGGAAAAAACAAAAACCAAGGCCAAGAAGCAACGUACACCGUCAUCUAUGAAUUCUGAUAUUACAACUGGAGCCCUUGUUUGUAUGCGAAACAGUCCUUCUUAUCAUGCAGGUGCCCUUGGGUUCACCACUGCCGGAGGCAUACCUAAAGUUGGGCAACUUUUAACAUCAGCCUGGAGUAUCACUGAUACCUGUGCUGUCAAGGUAUUAGGACCAUCAGAGGUAAAAAAGCUGUGCCUCUCAACACCAAGCUUACCCUCAACUCCUGCCAGUUGUAGUAGAAUGGAUCUGUCCCGUGAACAACCUCCAAGCCCAAGUUUCUCAAAAUCAUCAUCACAAGAAAGAUUAGAAAUGCCACCACCACCUUCUCCAGCUUCAUCUACCUGCUCUGAGCCAGGCGCUAGUCCAUUACCUAAACGAAGCAAACGAAUAACAAAUGCAUCAUCAUCAUCUUUGAAGGAUGAGGAGCGCAAAGAUGAAGAAACGUGGAAGAUUAAAGAUGUUGUAUUUAUUGAAGAUUUUAAGAAUGUUCCCAUUGGGCGUGUGAUUAAAAUAGAUGGUUCAUACGCUUGUGUUAGAUUUAACUGUAAAGAUCUUGGAAAUAGUUCUCAGGAUAAUACCGAUCUGAGCUCUCUGCUACAAGAAUGCCGAUUGCUUCGUAAGGAUGAACUACAAGUUGUCAAAGGUAGCAAUUCACCUAGAAUUACUGAAUGUCUACAAAAGUCACCUAAAAAGGUCAAUAUUCCUGAGGGUACACAACUCAUCAAAAUGACUGUUUCUAAUCAAGGAAUUCAUGCUAUUGUCAAGAGUAACUCUAAGUUAAGCUAUGUUGUUUAUGGCGUUGCUUCCGGUAAAAUUGAACAAGAUUGUGUUUUUCCAACUGAUCAAAGCUCAUUUUUUGGACAAAAUCAGUCUCUGAUAUCCUUAUACUGUUAUGGUGAAAAUGAGACAAUAACAAUUUUACGUGAUGGGAAUGGUGCUUUAUAUCCACUUGCCAAAGAUUGUGCUGAAUCCAUAAGGGAACCAAUUACUUUGGACAUGGCCCCUGCACAAGCCAUUGGCAUUGGCAUUAGUCCAAUCAAAGACUCCGUACCUAAUCAAAAGAACCAAAUUGCAGUUAUUGCUUUAGCUUUGGAAAAUCAAAUUUUGACUCCUGCCAUUUUGAGAAGUGAUCCCGACUUUGUAAGAUUAACUUUGGCAUCACUGGAAAAAGAAUCUGUGUCUCAACAAAUUAUUGUUAGCGAAAGGGUUGAUGGUAAUCGAAAUAUUCUUCAUACUGCAGUUUCUGCAUGUUUCCCUACUACAAAUAAACCUCAACAAGAAUCUACUAUCGAAGAGAACAACAGCGAAGCGUUAGAUCUGUUGAAUGUUUCAAGUAAUCGAACACUGAACGAGAUGAUCAAAAGAAAUCGUAGUAGUAAUAGGCCCUCUCCUUUGUCUAACCAAGAUCGUGACUCAAAUGCAAGAGUCCUUAAUGCUGAAGGAAGUGAUUCAGAAAUGGAAGCAUCACCAGCUUCCUCCAUGCCUAAUUUAACCAGUGAGUCUUCAACAAACGCCGAAUUCUCAUUUUAUGAUGCCAAUGAACAGAAAUCUGCUGCCCUUUCGGUGCUUUGGGCUCUCACCGAAUCUCAAGUUCUUCGGCCAUUCCUUAAGGAGCUUAUGUGUGCAAAAGAUUCUCAAGGUUACACUCCAUUUAUGCUUGCUGUUAGUGGACGUGCCUACACUGCUGCUAUCCAUUUAUUCAAUGUUGCCCAACGGAUUGCUAAAGAACUAAGCAGUGAUUUAGAAAGUCAGAAAAAAAUCGCCAUGUCAAUGAUUUAUCCAAGAGGCUCUAAUGCUGACGAUUCUCCUCUUCAUGUUCUCUGUUGCAAUGAUACCUGUAGUUUUACUUGGACUGGCCAAGAACAUAUCAACCAAGAUAUUUUUGAAUGUAAGACCUGUGGUCUUAUCGACUCCCUUUGUUGCUGUACUGAAUGUGCCCGUGUUUGUCAUAAAGGCCAUGACUGUAAACUUAAGAAAACUUCACCCACUGCAUACUGUGACUGUUGGGAGAAAUGUAAAUGCAAGGCUCUGAUUGCCAGCUCUCAAGCUGCUCGACACCAAUUACUGAAAAAAAUUCUUUCUGAUACUGAUCUGGUUACUUUACCUAAUAGCCGAGGUGAAAACAUCUUACUUUUCUUAGUUCAAACUGUAGGGCGUCAAAUGGUAGAACAAAGACAACACCGUCCAGCUCGGUCUCGUUCUUCUAUUACCCGUAAAACCUCUGAGAUCAGUGGUAAUUCUGAAGCAGAAAUUCCAGAUCAUGAUUUAGAGCCACCAAGAUUCGCACGUCGAGCAUUGGAUAGAAUUCUUCAAGACUGGAAUGCCGUUAAAUCAAUGAUUUUAACUGGAUAUCGAGGUGAUAAUAAUAUAGCAUCGCUGGUUCAAACACACUGUAAAUCAAAUUUAACAUAUACAGCAGCUGAAGAACAAGCUUUCUUGCAAAGUCAAAAUGGAACUGCUUUAUUGGAUAAGUUUACCCAUUGUCUACUGGUCAAAGUUUCCGUUGAAAUGCUGGAACCAUUAUUGGUGACUAUUAUUCGUGAAUGCCAUAAUGCUAAUCCUAAUAUUGCCAAAGAGGCUCGACUCGUCGCUCGUCGAUUUGUCCGUUCUGUUGCUCGAGUCGGUGUAAUUUUGUGUGUGGAACUGACCCCAGCCUCUUAUCAAAAUCUUAAUGCAAACAACAUAAGUAGUAACUGGAAGAAAAACUCAGCAUCCUCGCAAUUAUUGAAGUGUCAGAAAGUUUUCCAAGCUUUGUUACCUAUAGCUGUUGAAGAAUUGUGUGAAAUCGCCGAUUCACUCAUUUCUCCUGUUAGACUUGGGGUUGCUCGUCCAACUGCACCCUUCUCCUUGGUUUCUUCUCUUCUUGAUGCUAUUCAUGUUAGUGAACAACUUUUCUCGGUUGACCCUAUUUUAACUCGUAAUGGAGCUUCAUCAAGUCUAAUUUAUCCUGAUGAAGAAUCAGAUGUUUUGAUGAGUGAAAAUCCGGAAGAUAAUCGAAGUGAUAAUGCUAACAGUUCUUUGGUUGAAGCUUCUGUCGGAGCUGAUGUUGUAGUUGGUAGUGUGGAUGAAGAUCAUGAGGUAGAUGUUAUCGAGAGUUUAGAAGAUGGAGAACAAGAUGGAAGUGAACACGAUGACAUAGCAGAAGCACCAGAAGGUCAACAUGAUGAGAGUGACUCUGAUUCUGAUUCUAAUCCAGAUGAUUCACCUGCUUCCUAUCAAAGUAAUGCUGAUGCUAAUGUUAAUCAACGAUCAUCUAACACUGGUAAUGUACCAGGCUCUGAAACAGGGGCUGCGUAUUUUUCAGAAGAUGAAUCAGGUGAUUCUUCUAAUGCGGAAGAUGAAGAAGAUAGUGAUGCAGCGGAAACUGAACCAGACAAUGAAGAUUUACCAUACAUCGAGGAAUCUCUAGAGAGGCGUAAUAAUCCGGUUGGUAGUAGUUCGAAUAUUGGAGGUGUCUCAUCAAGUUCGGCUAGUGUCAAUCAAGUCAGAAGUAACCUUGCACAGCAUUUACAAUGGGCAUUAAGACACCGAGAAAUGUCCUCUGGUUCAACCAAUUCAGCAGCAAACCCUGGCGGUCGAAUAUCUGUUAAUGCCAUAACUGGAUCGACUGGACUUGUGCAUAUCGAUCCAACAACCAUUCAAAGACGCCCAGCGUCAUCUGUUGCCCCUGUACCAACCGCAUCGACUGCCGGUGAAGGUGUUUCUAUGGCUAUUACUGCUGUUUCCCUUGCUCGCGCAUUUUCGAUUGUUAUUCGUCAACUUGCAGCACUAGUCCCCUCUCUCCACAAUAUGGGAGAACGUCCUGGAACCACUCCUGGUAUUAAUGCUAUCGGUAUGAGUUAUAGUGAAUCAAUCAGUUUACUCAACUUUUUGGAAAACAAAUUAAAACCUACCUGGGAUUGGUUAAUUAAUUCCAUGGAUGCUACCGAAGGCCAAUUAAGAUUUGGAUGUGCUUUAUCUAACAAUUCAAGUGCAACUCUUACAGGGGUUCCUCCACUUAGUGUUGCAACAACCCAGGCUACUCAACCAACUACCAGAUCUAGUUCUACUCGUCGAGAAGAUAGUAGAAGUUUAAUGAGUGAUGCCAGGUCAGCCACUGCUAAUAGAAGAAAUGCUGUAACAUCAAAUUCUGCUCGAAUUCCUAGUUCUACUACUUUGGAAAGUGGUCCUGCCCGAAAAGAUUUCUUAUCAUAUGCUAUGUCUUUAAUGAGAGCGCACAACAAUGAACAUUUUGAUUCAAUGCCAGUUCUAGAUGUUUCUUCUUUGAAACAUGUUGCUUAUGUUUUUGAUGCUCUCAUUUAUUUCAUGAGAUCUGGUAAUGAAGGUUUAGUAUUGAAUAAAUCAUCUGAUGCUCUAAAGGAUGACAUAGCCGAACCUGAAAAUGACAUUGAAGAUCAAGAUGAUGACAAUUCUUCAUAUCAGAAUGAUCCAAACAACAUGGACGAUGACUCAAAUCUCAAUUUAGGAGGUGUUAGCACAUCUAACAGGGGAAGGAAGCACAGAUUUUUCCAACGAUCAAACUCAACGCUUUUCCUUGGCUGUCCACCUCCUGAUCCAUUUUCAACUCCUCUAACUGAAGCUCUUCCUCUAGCAGAUCAACCUCAAUUAUUGCAACCCCAAGCUCGCAAAGAAGAUUUAUUUGGAGUCCCAAGACCUUCUGUUAAUUGCUCUUCAGAUAGUGAUCAAAUCUUACUUGACUCCCUUCCAGCACGAAUAAGUCUCAGUGAUAGAUCAAACAACGAAUCUUUCGGAACCAAAAGAAACGUAGACUCAUCAAAUUUCUCUGCCACAGCCGGCCCUUCUGAUAAUCAAAUUGAUAAUGUCACAAUGUUGCCAUCCAGUGGUGCAUCUAGUUCAAGAUCUCUUUCUGUUAUCUCUGAUCCCGUUCAAACUCGUUCACCUAUAAUCGUAUCUCCAGUUCAGACUAGUAAUAAAUCAAGUGUUAUUGUUCAUGCUGCUUCAAUUAAAUCAAACAGCUCUUCUAGUGGCAAUGGCAGCAGCACCAACCAUCCAAGCAAUAUUAAAUCUUUUGAUUCCGAUGAAAAGGCUGGUCCUUCUGGUAGAUCUAAUGAACAUGGAACCAGUCUCAGUAAAAGACCGAUCUCUCUUUUAGGAAAUAUAAUUCAAUAUGACAUACUUCUCGGCCGUUGGCGAUUAACUCUUGAACUUUUCGGUCGUAUUUUUGUAGAUGAUGUUGGAACUGAACCUGGCUCAGUGAUCCGAGAACUCGGUGGUUUUCCAGUUAAAGAAGCCAAGUUUCGUAAAGAAAUGGAAAAAUUGCGAACAUCGCAGCAACGAGAUCUUAACUUUUCUAAAGUUGAUCGUGAACGAAAUGCGUUGAUUCAACAUACUUUUAAGGAACUCAAUUCAAUGUACAGUAAUUUUAGCCGCCGUCUUUCCGCUGGCUCACCUCUUUUGGCCAUCUCUAGGGUUAAAGUUACUUUUAAAGAUGAACCUGGUGAAGGAAGUGGAGUUGCCCGAAGCUUUUAUACAGCUUUCGCUGAAGCUAUCUUAUCAAAUGAGAAAUUACCUCCUCUUCAUGGUUGUCAUGUUGGCAGUAGAUCACUUCAAUAUAAUUUACUUCAAAGAUUGAAAACAAAGGAAAAAGAAAAAGAACUUCAAAGACGAGCCUAUGCAAGUCAUCGAUCAUCAUCAUCCCGUGAUUUGAUCUCAAGUCCUCGAGACCGAUCUGACCGUGAUGGACCUUAUCAAUUGAGAUAUGAUGCUCCGCCAUUUACUAUGCCCGGCGAUGUACAGUCAUCAUCCUCAUCUUCAUCAACUUCAAAUAAUGGACCAGUCAAUCUGAAUGAACUGUUAACCCCUCAUCGUCAACAAUUGGGAACACGUUUGUACCCGAAAGUUGCUCAACUUCGACCCACCUUGGCAAGCAGGAUAACUGGCAUGCUACUUGAACUUUCACCUCACCAUCUAUUAACUCUGUUUGCCUCUGAUGAGUCUCUUCGUGCUAAGGUUGAUGAAGCUGUGGACAUAAUAUUGACUCAUGGAAGGGAUCAAAAUUCCAAUUCUAAUUCAUCUAAUGACAAUCCUGAUGGUUUAGACAUAUUUAAUUUAAGUCGAACACCCAACGUCAAUUUAUCUCCAAGUGUCACUAAAAGUAGUGGCAGUAGCAGUGCCAACCAGUCAAGUGGUAAUUUGAGACAAGGUGCCCUUGAAGAUGAUGACGAAGUUGAAGAUAACGCACCACUUUUCUACCAACCAGGCAAAAGAGGUUUUGUAUCACCUCGUCAAGGAAAAUGUACUCAAGAACGUAAAAAUGCUUUCCGUAAUGUUGGCCGUAUAAUUGGACUAUGUUUAUUACAAAAUGAUUUAUGCCCUAUCUUUUUCAAUCGUCAUGUGAUUAAAUAUAUUCUUCGAAGGCAAAUAUCAUGGCACGAUUUAGCCUUCUUUGAUCCUAUUCUUUACGAAUCUUUAAGACAACUUAUAAUGAGUGCUGAACUGGAUAAAGACGCUGAAGCUUUAUUCUCGUCAUUAGACUUAAGGUUUUCCAUUGAUCUUUGCCCAGAAGAGUUUGGUGGCCAUGUAGACCUGAUUCCAAAUGGACGCAACAUUGAAGUUACUCCAAGCAAUGUAUACGAUUACGUUAGAAAAUAUGCUCUUUAUAGAAUGUAUCAUUGUCAAAAAGUAGCUUUACAGUGUUUAAGAGCUGGAAUAUUUGAUGUUUUACCUGCAAAUGCGUUCGAUAAUUUAACACCUGAAGAUUUCAGACUACUGUUAAACGGAGUCGGUGAAAUUAAUGUUCAACAGUUGAUGAGUUAUACUACUUUUAACUAUGAAAGUGGAGAUGGAUGUGAACACUUAGCUUACUUUAAAAAAUGGUUCUGGUCAAUUGUGGAGAAAAUGACUACACAAGAAAAGCAAGAUUUAGUUGACUUUUGGACCGGAAGCCCAGCCUUACCUGCAAGUGAAGAAGGAUUUAAUCAAAUGCCCAGUGUAACUAUUAGACCUGCCGAUGAUCAGCAUUUACCAACCGCUAACACCUGUAUAUCGCGACUAUAUCUUCCUCUAUAUUCCUCCAAAGCUGUCUUACGCUCAAAGCUUUUGAUGGCAAUUAAAACCAAAAACUUUGGUUUCGUUUGAUAUGGAUAGACUAGCAAUUGCAAAAAUAAUUUAGUUCAUAUAAAGCAACAAAAGAAAAAGUAUCAACGUCUUUCUAUGUGAAGGAAUCUGCUCAUUCAUUCUUCCCUCUUUUUCUCUUUAUAUUUUUCGUCUUACCCUCUCUUCCCUUUACGAAAUCCCCAAUUCUUUUUCCUUUACCCUUCGAUCUCCAUCUUUGCCAUCAUCAUUUGAAACUUGUUUUCUAUCUCCCUUAACCCAUGUUCAUCGUCUUCUAGACUUUGCUGUUUCUACUCGUCUUUUCUCUUCCCUUUCCCACCACCAACUACCGCUUGUUUCAAGAAAUAAAGCUAAAACAAGAAGGUCAGUUCACGAAAGAAACAAAACAAUACAAAAUUUCGUUUAAUCAUAAAAUAUAAGUAAAGCAUCCGGUAGCGAUUAUUUCUGUUUCUACCAUUUUCUUCUAUUCCUCUACCUCUCUAUCCCUUACUCUUUACCCUUUCUAUAAACUCUUCAAUCUCCAAUCUAAUUUCAAUUUUGAAAACUUUAUUUAAGAGAUGGAGUUCACAUUGAUAAAAGAUAAUAUUACAUCUACUAUUUGAGUUGUAAAUGCACUUGUUUUGAAAAAAGAAAGAAAAUAAAUUUUCUCAAUAA